UUAAGAGUUUACUGCCCCUGGGUGUCAGCGGUGAAGUUGAACUCUCAGUCAGUAGUCAGUUCCACGGUCCUCUGAGGAGGUCUUUCUGCUCUCCUCACUGUAUUCACUUUUCUUCAUUUUGUUUUUGUUUUUUUUAAUCAGUAUGUCUCCCUCCACGUCCCCACGGUUUUUCAAGGAGAGGGAGGUUGCCCGCCACUGCUCCAAGGACUCCUGCUGGGUGCUUCUGGGGACCAGGGUGUACGACGUGACCUCUUUCUUGCGGAUGCACCCGGGUGGGGAGGCUCUGAUACUCAGGCGGUCAGGGAAUGACGUGAGCCGAGAGAUGGAAGGACCCCCCCACCGGCACUCGGAGAACGCCCGGCGGUGGAUGGAGCAGUACUAUAUCGGGGAGCUGGACAGGGACGGCAGCACCGAUGAGGCACAGAAUCUGAGAGAGAGGAGGAAUGCCAGCGAGCAGACAGAAGAAAAGACGUCAGACCAAAAAGAGGAGGAAGAGAAUGACGCGUACAACCGCUGCAGCUCUGUGGACCUGGACAAGGAUUUGGUGGACUGGCGGAAGCCCCUUGCGUGGCAGGUAGGCCACCUCGGAGAGAAAUACGAUGCGUGGGUCCACCAGCCAGUCGACAGACCCAUCAGACUGUUUGGAAACUCUUUCCUGGAGGCCGGUACCAAGACUUCCUGGUACUGGGUACCAGUGGUGUGGCUUCCUAUUGUGUUUUAUUUCAGUUGGUACUGCUACACCACGCUGGCAAAGGGCACCACCAGGCUACAACUCACUUCAGACUUCUCUAUCCCGAUCCAUAAGUACUUGUUCCCCCUGCUCUUUCUGAUGGGCUGGUUCUUGUGGUCGUUCAUCGAGUACUGCAUCCAUCGCUUCGUCUUCCACAUGAAACCCCCGGCCCAUAACUACUAUCUCAUCACGAUACACUUCCUCCUGCAUGGACAGCACCACAAGUCUCCGUAUGACGGCGCUCGGCUGGUCUUCCCCCCAGGCCUGGCCUCCUUAGUGGUGGGAAGCUUCUAUCUAAUCCUCCUCAGCACGCUCCCGCAGAUCCUCGGGACCUCCGUGUUUGUAGGAGGACUGUGUGGCUACGUAGUGUACGAUAUGAUCCACUACUACCUUCACUACGGUUCCCCAAAGAAAGGCUCGUAUAUGUACAGCCUUAAAGCCUACCACGUCAAACACCACUUUGAGCACCAGAAAGCAGGUUUUGGAAUCACCUCCACAUUCUGGGACCACCCGUUCAACACAGUCAUUCCCGAUGAGAUAUUUUAACAGAGAAACGGCUCUCCUGAAGGGCCACAGGACUUAGCACCCAGCCCCCAUGCUACAUACACCCUUAGUCCAAUCUCUGCAGCAAUAUUUUUAUCCCUACCAAGGAGGAAGUUCUUCUUCUGAUGACUCCUGCGCAUCCGCAUCUACUCCACAGAUCCAUUUUGUAGCUUGCUACACACUUGUGAAGACCAGUCUGCAAUCUUUGUGCAGGGUUAUUAUUCCUUUCUGUGCAAUUUAUUUUUAUAACCAAAUCAACAUCUACUACUGCUGUGCUCUUCACCACAUAGCCAUUCACAAUUAUGUACAGCUGGGUGUUUGACCAUGGAUAAAAAGAGAGGAAAACACACGGAAAUUAAAAAUACACAAGUCAGAGCGCUUCUGUGUAAUUUGACUAUGGCAUUUUUAUUCAUUUGGAGGGAAUAACAUCCUGGAAUACUUUAGAAAACACUGAAGAAGGACACACACUUCGUGGUUCCACAAAAUAUCGCGAACAGCAUAACACCAUAACACCAAUGAAUGCAGACCCAUACAGUACGUGUGAAAAUGUUCACACACAAAAGAGCACACUCGAAGGACAGUGGGAAAAGGAAGUGAUAGAUGGUUGGUGAAUUUGGAAGAUGGGGAAGGGUAAGGCUUUGACAGAAAUUGUGUGUAGGGACUAGUGAACCAAUUAGGGACCAGAGAAACCCCAAAACAUUUCAAUUAUUCCUCCUCUCUAUCUACAGCCUUGAAAAAAUUCCUCUACAUUCUUUUUUCUGUCGGUCAUUAAGCUACAUAGACUGGCUGCUAUCACUCUGUUACACUGCAGGUUUGUAACCAUGCCCACCAUGGUUUUCCUCAAUAUAGUUUUUGGUUUCAGAUUUCAUUUGGCAGUUUAGACUUAAUUUAUUAACUAUAACCAAAGCUGCAGAAUUGAAAUGCUAGUGUAGGGCACUCAUGCAAUGCAACGUUAAUAUAAAGCAGAGUCCGUAAUAUCUGAAACCACUGUGGAGAUAUAUUUUUGCAAGUCCUUUGUAAUAUUCCCUCUGUUUUUUUUCCUUUUUGUCAUUAUUGAUUACACAAAAAUUAUAAAGAAAAUACUUGCUUUGUACAGAAUCGCACAAGCUUUACGUAGUCAGAGGAUGUUAAAAUGUGUCAGAAGGACAGCUGAAGGCAUGAGGCCAGCUUUUCGGACUUUUUGCUGUGGGGAUCUCGGGGUCAAAGGUCACCAUGUUAGCUAGGUGACAAAAAUUCGGAUCUUGGGAAGGUGAAUUUUAGUCUCCACCUUUAAGCCUCACUUCAUCCCUUUUAAAGCCCCUGUUUUAGCGACCCUGCAGACCCCCGCAGGAUGACGAUAGAUGAACAUCUGACUGGACAGCAGGAGGCCUUACAGUAACUGGCGGAUCCUCAAAUGUCCUUGAACACUCAACAACAUCACUGAUAACUAAAGCAGAACAAAGUUAAUUAAAAACAUUUACAAACAUGGGUAGAGCACAGUAAAAAUAUAUAAUACAACUGCAGAAAAUCAUUUGUAUUUACUUUUCUAGUGUGAAGAAAGAGUCCGAAUUACAUAAUAUAUAUGUUUAUACACGUCAAAUAAAAUGCAGAAGCUAUUGCAAAGAAUUUGGAAUAAAGAGUCAAUUAAUUAAAAUAAUUCCACUUCCAAAGCUUACUUUUCUUAAAAUUCCGAGCAGCAAUAAUAAUUAUGGCUUUAUGUCAAGAGGACUAUGGAAAAUGGGGCCACCAGUAAAACAAAAAGAAUUAUAUUUAUUUCUGAAAAUUUCAGAAAUCUGACAGUUUUCAGUUUUAGUCAGAUCUCAAAAAUGAUUUCACAUGUAGCCCUUAUCCUCAUCCAUAUUGUCACUUCCUGAUAAAAAUAAAUCAUAUCAGGUCAUUAAGAACAAUAACUGUGUCUUAAUUUGCACACUCUGCAGAUGAUAAUGAAUGUGAAAUGUAUCAUGGAGUAGGAAUUCUGUCUAACUAUAUAUGACAAAAAUGUUUCAGAAAGAACCAAAAUUAUUGUUCCUGUUGGUGAUGAAUAAUCAAUAAUAAUAAGGAGGAUGAUGAGUGUGAUGAAGAAUACUGAUUGUGCUCGGCGAAGUGAAACCAUUCCACCUGUUUAAGUGCACACAGAUCUUAUUUAUGUAUAUUUAUAUGAUACAGAUGAAAAGACAACAGCACAAACUUUACCUAUGCUUUCUAAAUCUGUUUAAUAUCUUUUAUUUUGGAAUUUCGCAAAUGCAAACAUAUUUGUAAAUAAAUGUCUGUAUAUUUCUGAA